AUGGCUUCAACGUCCAUCCAGCUGCAAUCAGCUCAAGCCCCUUUGGACGAGGUCCGGUCACCAGAAGAACUCGCCUCUGGCCAUGAUACCCUCAAUCCUAACCAAGCAUCCUCUUUGCCUCCUGUGGAUUAUGGAAAAGACGCGUACUUGUUUCUAGGAGCAGCUUUCUUAAUUGAUUGUUUUGUCUGGGGCUUUCCCUUUUCCUUUGGCAUCUUUCAAGAUUAUUAUCUUACGCAUGAGCCCUUUGAAGGCUCGGGGCAAAUUGCCACCAUUGGCACUACUUCUAUGGGGAUUAUGUACUUUGGAAACCCGUUUGUCAUGGCCCUCUGGAGGUUUUUCCCUAAACAGUGUCGAUACGCCCCAUUUGCCGGUGCCCUGGCUAUGUGCGGGUCGCUUGCCACGAGCUCAUUCUCUCAUCAGGUGACACAUUUGGUUGUCACCCAGGGAGUUGUCUAUGCUAUCGGCGGCCUCCUCUGUUUUUGUCCUUGUGUUCUCUACGUUGAAGAGUGGUUUGUUGAGCGUAGGGGCUUGGCCCUGGGCACAAUGUGGGCGGGAACUGGUGUCGGAGGAUGCACUAUCCCUUUACUGUUGGAGUUCCUCUUGGGAAAAUAUGGUUUUCGAACCACACUCCGCCUGUGGAGCGGUCUGUUGUUCGCCGUGACCAUACCGUUACUCUACUUUGUCAAGCCUCGAGUGAAGCCAUCUCAAGUUCACGGACAGAGCGUUCGGAGAAUCAACCUAGGCUUCGUCUUGAACGGAAAGUUCCUCCUUUAUCAGCUACCGAGCAUGAUUCAAGCAUUGGGAUUCUUCAUCCCGAGUAUUUGGCUGCCGUCCUAUGCUCGGACCGUCUUCCACGCAUCUUCGAAAGUAGCUGCCCUCACGAUUGUUACUAUUAAUCUCGCCUCGGCUGCUGGAAACAUCGUCAUGGGGUUCUUGAUUGAUCGAUUUCAUGUAACGACUUGCAUCUUGGUUUCAUCAUUUGGAACUGUUAUUGGAACCUUUCUCCUGUGGGGUUUGGCACAAAAUCUUGCAGUCCUGUUCGUAUUCUGUAUAAUGUACGGUCUGUUCGCGGGAUCGUUUUCAGCGACGUGGGCAGGUAUUAUGUCCGAGAUGACUUCGCGUCCGACACCAUCAGAUCACGCAGGGUCUCCUCAUCGCGGUAUAGCCUUUGACCCCAUCAUGGUUUUCGGUGUGCUUGAGGCGGGCCGAGGCAUCGGAAAUCUUGUUUCAGGGCCCUUGAGUGAAGUGCUAGUCCAAAAUUCCUUGUGGAAAGAUCAAGCAUUGGCAGGUUACGGAAGUGGAUAUGGAACUCUUAUUGUCUUUACAGGAAUAACGGGUUUUCUUGGCGGUGGAGGUUUCUUCUGCCGCAGACUAGGAUGGCUAUAG